AUGGCGGUUGAGUUUCACUUUGUAUUCGUCAUCAACGUUGACAAUAUAGAAGUGGCAAAACCAUUGCCUGGAUAUGAUGUCGUUGGCAUUGGAAUAGAAUUAGGUGCUCUGCUUGGCGAUAGAUUGCUUAGAGACUCAGUCGUGGACGCUGUUCGAGCAGCCUUUGGUGGUAAUACAGAUGACCAAGAAGUUGGGGAGAUCCAACCAGGAUCUCUAGAUGUUCUACUGCAUUGUUUCACCGAUAAGAGAUUUCGUGAAGUUUUAGAAGAUUAUCAAGCGGGAGAAAUAAAAGAACGUUUGCAGGUAGAAUUAUCGCAAGCUGGCAUUAAAGUAGAAGGACUGAAGGUCGAGAUUGAAAACAUGGAAGAAGUAGAAAAAAUAAAAGCAGCUAUUAACGAGAG